GUUUAAACACAUUAGUUUUGUUGUUUCGCGGCUUCGAAAGCUCGGGGCAAUAACGUACUGUUCAUUAUGUUUCUUAUCGGACUACUGUAUCUGCGACACAGCGCUGAACGCAGUCUGCUACAGUUGGCGUGGACAUGUCUCCUUCACGGUCCAUAUUGCUGGUGGGAGAAGGGAACUUCUCAUUUUCUGCCUCUGUGAGCCAGUUACACUCUGAAACCGAGACCAGCAUAACGGCCACUUGCCUGCAGCGUCAGGAGGAGGCACUGCGGCAUGAAGGUGCAGCCAGUAACAUUCAGAUCAUCAAGGACUCAGGUGGAGAGGUGGUUUUCGGGGUGGACUGCAGGAAGCUGGGGGAGUGUGCCUCUCUCCAGGGCCGUGCGUUUGACCGUGUGGUGUUUAACUUUCCUCACUGCGGGAGAAAGAGUGGGGUUAAAAAGAACAGAGAACUUCUUAAAAACUUCUUCCUCAGUUGUGUUCAGGUGUUGGCUGAAGACGGGGAGGUUCACGUUUCCUUGUGCAACGGACAGGGUGGAACACCAGUGGACCGCCCGAAGCGAGAGUGGCACAACAGCUGGCAGGUGGCCGCCAUGGCAGCAGAGGCAAACCUCAUCCUUACCGAUGUCCAUCCUUUUGAAAGUGAGAAAUACCAGGGCUACAAGUGCACUGGAUACAGGAGCCAAGAUAAGGGCUUUCAUGUGGAGAGAGCCUUGCUCCAUGUGUUUACUCGCAGCCUGCCCUACACCUCUGCUCAGAUACUAAAAGUGGAGGAGGCUGUUGAAGGGGAGAAUGUCCAGUACUACGUACCAGCCGAGCUCAGUGAUUACAUAUUCAGGGGAUUUCUCUGCUCAGGCUCUGUCCACCCUGUCAGAUUGGUGCAAGAUUUUAUUCUCCAAGGACUGGCGGAGAAGUGUCCAGUCUCCAUGACAACAGAGACCAUUCCCUUCCUACUUAUGGCCAAACAGCUGGAGAAGUGCUGUGGUGACGUCGACAGCAAACGCUGCUACUGGAUCCACCUGCUUCAGAAAGACCUCAACUGUGAUGUUCACACCUCCACGGACAAAGCAAAAGCUCCGUUGGUGCGUACAGACACUCGAGACUCUCUGUCAGCCAGAUGUGUCACCUCAGAGAAAGUGGACACGGCGAGGAGCAAAGGAGCUGAGAGCUUAAGGUCGGCAUGCUCUCUAGAUGUUGAUCCUGAAGGGGAAAGUGGUCUUUAUAUGCUGCGUCCAUCACUGCUCCCUCAUAUUGAAGAGCUUUUAACUAAAAAAGAAGAGUUGAUUAACGAUGCAGAGAGUAAUGGGGAGAAUGAGGGGAAUAGUAAGCUUGUUGAAGUUGAAGGACACAAGAAGGAGGAGUCCUGCGGGGGCUCGAAUGGUGUUACCAGCUUGUUAUUUGGCAUUAGUGGCCUGGUGUUCAGGAAUGUGCCUAUCAACCUUUGGGCUCUGCCUUCCUUUCAUGAGCUUCUCCUCAGAGGUGUUUUCCCUUUAGAAUGUAAGCCAAUCAGAUUGCUUGGACAAAGGCUGGAAAAGCUGCUCGCUCCUUACGGGGUCUCCUUAAUCACACAGCAGGGUUGUCUGCGUCUGAUGGCACAGCCAAUGGGUUUGGUUGGAAGAGUGUAUGCAAGCAAUGCAAGAGACAGCAUUCGCCAUGUGAGUGUGACUGUGUCCCUAAAUCUAGACCUCCUCGCCGUGCUCCUGUUCUCACUGCCCGACUGGCGGCUGCUGUGGUCACACGAACCACGCUUUUUACAACAGUUUGCAUCCCGCCCAUCGCCAGGGACGCCUUUCCACCCAUUCUCCCUGUUCCCCGAGCAGUUCAGCUUCGACAUCAGCUUCUGGACAGGGCCGACGUGGGAGGAGAGGAAGUUCCACGCUGUGGUCCGAGAGGCCAGUCAUGGGACAGUGGAGCAAGUUAAACUCAUUGACACGUUCUCACACCCUGACCUAAGCCAGACCAGUUACUGCUACAGACUCAUCUACCGCUCACACACACAUGCUCUGUCACACACACGAGCCCUCGAGUUUCAUCAACACCUACAGUCCUUUCUUACCUCUCGGUUGCAAGUCACCAUCAGGUAGCUACAUUUAAAUGUCAAGGAGAAACAAGGAUAACCUCUUACAUAGGUCACAGGUCUGUUUGUAACUGCUAAUUAUAUGUGUAUUUUAUGAAAACCUACAGUUGAACAGUGUUUACAGUAGUUGAGGUAUUGCUUGUUGUAGUCUUUGAAAAGUGACUGGAAUUAUGUGUAUCAUGUGUGUUUUAAUUAUCAUACAAUAAAGCUGUCAUUUAACAUAAA